AUGGAGUCCAAUAUUUCAGGGUCCUUCCUCUUCAACAACAGCUUGAACCAAUUCCCUUCAGACCUCAAGGCCCCGGUGUGCCAGUACUCCAUUCCCAACUCUUUCUACAAGCUUGGUCCCGCCAACAUCAACUCUCAGCUCCAGGCUGGCACUCCGCAUGGCAUCAGCGACAUCCUGAGUCGAUCCAUGGUGGGCGGCCCGGGAACCCCUGCGCUGCUGUCCGGGUACCCCUCCAUGGGUGGCUUUGGGACAGCCGUGCCCAGUCCGGGGGUGUAUUAUAACCGGGAUUACGCUCCAUCAGGACUGAGCAGCUUCCCUAAACCCGGUGUCGAAUGUUCAGGUAUGAAGGGUAAAAGCAGCUGCUGGGUGGAUGGAGGGUACGAGUGGAGAGGAGCCAGACAGCAGUGUCCCAACAAUGGCGGGCAUCACACUGAAACUGUGGGGAAAAAAAAGCACACAAGACCCACGUUCAGUGGGCACCAGAUCUUCGCUCUGGAGAAAACCUUCGAGCAGACCAAGUACCUGGCAGGACCAGAAAGAGCCAGACUAGCGUAUUCACUAGGCAUGACUGAGUCACAAGUUAAAGUAUGGUUCCAGAACCGGCGCACAAAAUGGCGGAAGAAGAGCGCGACGGAGCCCAGCUCCACACAGGCCUCGCGGGGGGAGAGCGGAGGUGACGGAUCAGAAAACGAGGUGGAGGACGAGGAGUACAACAAACCGCUGGAUCCCGACACGGACGACGAGAAGAUCCGACAGCUGCUGCGCAAACACCGCAGAGCUUUCUCAGUACUGCGCCUGGGACCGCAUCACAUCUGA